CUUUCUUUCUUCCUUUUUUCCCCUCCCUCCCCAUCCCCACCCUUCUCGGAGUCUUCCCGGCGCGCGCGGCUAUGGCGUGAGGGGCGCCUCUGCCCCGCGGGGAUGGGCACCAAGCCGGGCCGGACCGAGCCGGUCUCGCCGCCGCCGGGCCCAGACGCCGGGGCCCCCUGUCCUGAGCUGCUGUCGGUGGCGGAAGAGGCCUUCCGCGGGGGCAACUACGAGCUGGCUGCCGAGAUCUAUGGCUCGCAGCUGGCCGAGCUGCCCCAGCCCGAGCGCAGUCUCUGCCUGAGGCGAGGGGACGCGCUGGCCCGGGCUGGCCGUGCUGCCGAGGCGCUGGACUCGUACAGUGUGGCUGCCCGUCUGGGGAGCUUGCGGCCAGAGGAGCUGAAGGAACUGGUGGAGAGCUGCGCCUUGGCCAUCCGCGAGGAGCUGCGCCUGCCCCCCUGGGAGCCAGCCCCUGGCGGCGGCGAGUCCAGCGCCUGGGACGAACCGGUUGCAACCCCCGACCCACUUUCUGCCGCCGCCUCCUCCUCGUCCUCCACGCUUGCUGCUGCCUGGGACUUGUUCUGCUGCCCGCGGUGCCGGCUCCUGCUCUGCGACCCAGUGACCCUGCACUGCGGGCACACACUGUGCAAGCGCUGCACCGAGACAGACCCCGGGCUCCCCGCCGGCCCCUGCUGCCCAGCCGCCAAGUCCCCGCCCAGUCGAGGGGACAGCUGCCCCGCUCGAGUCAACGUGGUACUGGGCAACCUGCUCGAGAAGUGUUUUCAGACGGAGAGCCGGGUGCGGAGGCUGGUCAGCCAGGCGGAGAGUUUGCAGCACCGACAGGAGCUGGACGCUGCCUUGCACAAAUACGACCAGGCUUUGGAGCUGGCUCCUGGUGACAGUUUGUUAACAGUACAACGAGCAGAAUUAUGUACAGUCAUGAAAAAGUAUAACCAAGCCCUUCAUGAUGCUGAUGCAGUUUGCAGAAGUAAAUGCCUAUGGCCAAAGGGACAUUAUGUGAAAGCACAGGCUCUUUUGGGAUUGGGAAAAACUGAGGAGGCAUUGAAGGAGUUUCUUUACUGUGUUGCCUUAAAUCCUGGGCGUGGAAUAAUGAAGAAAGAAGCACAAAAGAUAAUGUGUGAAGUGUUUUUCCCAGCUUUGGAAAAUGUACAUGAAAAUUUAUCAUCUCCCUUCCGAAGUCGAACACCUUACACCAGAUUGAAACCUAAAUUUCUGAGCAGCAUUAAUACUAAGUCUAAACUAGAUGAUGAUUCCAGUGCAGGAUGUUCUAAGGAUUCAUUGUUCCAAUUCGACAAAAUUCUGUCCCAGGAGUCUGAUGUCUAUCAAAACUCUGAUUCUUCAGUGUCACAUCAUGUACUAGAUCUACACUUUGAAGAUAAAAAAAAGACUUUUAAAACUGCCCUUUCCAAUGUAUCUAGUGCUAAUUUAAAAAGAAAGUUUUCUACUGAUUUGGAAGAUGUACCAAAUCUCAACAUCCCUAACAAAAUUUCCAAGGAAGAUGGAGAGACCUUACCUCAAAUUGUUCCAAGUCCUAAAUUGGGAAAGAGUCCAGUAAUCUUGUUAGAUGCAUCAGACUUUGAAUGCUCACUUUGUAUGAGAUUAUUCUAUGAACCUGUUACCACACCAUGUGGGCAUACUUUCUGCCUAAAAUGUCUUGAGCGCUGCCUUGACCAUACACCAGAUUGUCCACUGUGCAAAGAGAAGCUUUCUGAAUUUUUGGCAAGCAGAAGUUAUAAAAAAACCAUAUUGACUGAAGAAUUAAUACUUCGCUAUUUACCAGAAGAGUUAUCUGAUAGAAAAAAAGUUUAUGAUGAUGAAAUGAAGGAGUUAUCAAAUUUGACUAAAGAUGUUCCCAUCUUUGUGUGCACCAUGGCCUUUCCUACAAUCCCUUGUCCACUACAUGUCUUUGAACCUCGAUAUAGGCUUAUGAUAAGAAGAUGCAUGGAAACUGGCACCAAACGAUUUGGCAUGUGUUUAGCUGAUGAACUUAAAGGGUUUGCUGAUUAUGGAUGCAUGUUGGAAAUUAGAGAUGUCAGAUUUUUUCCUGAUGGAAGUUCAGUUGUUGAUACAGUUGGCAUUAGUCGCUUCAGGGUUUUAAGCCAUGGUCUGAGAGAUGGGUAUAACACUGCAAACAUUGAAUAUCUUGAAGAUAAAAAGGUGGAGGGACCAGAUUAUGAAGAACUUGUCCAUCUUCAUGAUUCCGUAUAUGAUCAAGCUGUUUCCUGGUUCACUUCUCUUAAGGAGAACAUGAAAGCACAAAUUUUAAAUCAUUUUGGGUCAAUGCCAAGCAAGGUAUCUGAGCCACAGAGUAAUCCUAGUGGUCCAGCAUGGUAUUGGUGGCUCCUGGCUGUGUUGCCAUUAGAAAACCGGGCUCAGCUUGCUAUACUUGGUAUGACAUCCCUUAAAGAUCGUCUAAUUGCCAUCAGGCGUGUAUUAAUAUUUGUAACACGUAAAAGACCCAGAUGA